AUUUGAGCUGUGAUUGUUGAGAAGUGGUUAAUCCAAAGGUGGAUACAAGUGAUAAAGUUCAAGAAACUGGAGAGAUGAUUGGGCAAAAUCAAACCCCAGACAGGGUCUCAUCAGAGAUCAAUCAAAAAACUUGUGUUGAUUGUGGAACCACAAAAACUCCUCUGUGGAGAGGUGGACCUGCUGGACCUAAGUCAUUGUGUAAUGCAUGUGGAAUAAGGAGCAGGAAGAAGAGAAGAGCUCUUCUGGGAUUGAACAAAGAUGACAAGAAAUCAAAGAAAUCUUUGAAUAAGAGUGUUGUUAACUAUCAUCAUCAGAACCAGAGUAGCAAUAGCAGUAGCAGUACAAGCAGCAGCGGAGAAAGUACGAAUAAUGUAAUAGUGAAGAACGAAUGCAUUCCAUAUAAGAAGCGAUUACUGCAUUUUGAUCGAGAAGUUGGUUUGCAAAGACCAAGAUCAAACUCUACACACAGAAGAAAGUUAGGUGAAGAAGAACAAGCAGCAUUCUUGUUGAUGGCUCUUUCAUGUGGUUCUGUUUAUGCUUAGUAGAGGAAGAAAAUGUUGUACUUAUUGUUGUGUUUGUAGUACCUUUUUCGGGUCGGUAGAGUAGAGGGGAUAAGUGUAAGAGUAGAAUCUAGAAUGAUAAGAAAAAGAGCUAAAUCAAUUUGAGAGCUCAUAAGAAUGUAGACUUGAGGAUUGUGUUG